AUGUCACUGGAGGCGACAGAAGGGCGGGGAGGCUUGCAGCACCAGCACCAGCAGGGAGGGACUGGUUCUUCGGCCGAGGCUGCAUCUGCAGAAGCGACUGACCUUCUCGAGAAGUCUGAGGGGAAGUUUCACGGAGGGGCCCUCGCUGGGCUGAACGGCCUGAGUUUCAUAGGGGCCUCUCCAGGGGAGAGACUCUCAGAGUGCCCCCCGCUUGAGGAAGGGGGGCCCCCCCUGAACCCCUUAGACUUUGGAGCUUGCUCCUUUCCUGACGAGCCUCGCGACGAAGACGCAGCAGACUCAGCGGCUGCUGCCUGGGAGGCCCUCGGCGCGACAGCCGUCUCGGCGUCCGCUUUUGAAAAGCGAUAUCACUGCUCUACGACUGCCGUGGCGCGCGUCUGCCCUUUCGUGUGCAUGCUGUUGCUGCAGAGUGUUCUCGAGGCCGUCGAGAAGUGCCUUCGGACGAAAGCGGCAGCAGGGAGUGCAGGAGAGCAGCUAGUGCCACGUGGCGAGGGGGGAUCAGCAGCGAAACGGCAGCCAGAAGAUUCAGACGGGCUGUCGAACGCGACUCUUGGACGAGACAAGGGUGCAGAUGGAGGAGCAGCGGAAGACGCUUCUUACCCGGUUGCUUCUGCGGAAGAAGAAUGCCUCAGCUGUAGCGACAGCUCUUGGGGGACUGUGGCGAGAAGCAGGCGGCCAAGAGGCACUGCUUCGAGAGAGCACUCAGAAUUAGCAGCGACGUCAGAGAGGAGGGAUCACGUUGAAGGCAGCAGCGAGAAAGACAGCGAGAAAGACAGCGAGGAAGAUUGCGAGGGAGAUAGCGAAACAGAUAGCGAGAAAUGGAGCGAGGGAGAUGGCGUUGCCUCGGAGCAGCAGCGGAAAGGGCAGCACUUAGCGGACUGUGGCGAAUCGGACGACACAGACACCCAGCAGUUUGCUCGCCGCUUGCGGGAGCAAGCACAGGAAACGACGAUGCAGCAAACGCAGGAAGGGGGAGCUUGCGUUUCUCUUCCUGGAGGCUUCAGAGUGCCGAAGGCUGUUCACGAGAAUCUGUUAGCGCACCAACAGGAAGGUCUCUUGUGGCUGUUGCAGCUUUUUGAAAAGCAACGUGGAGGUCUACUUGGGGAUGAUAUGGGUUUGGGCAAGACAGUGCAAAUGGCGGCAUUUAUUGCCACACUGCAUUGUUCUGGCAUUCUGCAGUCCGUCUGGCCCUUCCAAGAGCGACGUCAACAGCUCCUCAACAGCGACAGCAGCCGUGCUAGCAGCGGCAACACCCCUCCUUCCACCGAUCCCAGCUGCACGGAUGCUGCGGGGGAAGGAGGAGUUCUCUUGGUUAGCCCUGCAACUGUGUUGCGGCAGUGGCUUCGAGAGCUUCAUGUCUGGUGCCCCCCUGUAAGGGUCUGUGUUUUCCACGAUAAGGAACUAAAAAGCCUUAAGGCUGCAGCAACUGCAGCCAGCCACUCCAACGGCGUUUUGCUGACAACUUACGAAACCCUCCGACGUCACCAUAGCUUGUUGCAGAGCUUCACGUGGAAGAUGCUGGUUCUAGACGAAGGCCAAAAAAUCAAAAAUCCGCAUGCCGAAAUCACCCUUGCAGUUAAAAGGUUCCAGACACCACACCGCUACUUGCUCUCCGCAACUCCCGUUCAAAACAAUUUGGACGAAUUUUGGUCCCUUGUAGAUUUCAUAGCUCCAGGCAGGCUCGCCACUCUCCCCGUCUUUCAGAAGGAGCUGGCAGAUCCUAUUCGAGCGGGAUCUCUUUACGGUGUCGAGACUGCAGCUUCUACACGCGCAGCUCAGUGCUCACGGCUGCUGCAGCAUCUCGUCGCGUCUCUCCUUCUUCGCAGGAAAAAAGCGGACUGCCUCCACACCCUCAACCUCCCGGCUAAACGCGAAGAGGUUCUCUUUUGCGCGCUGACUCCCGUGCAAUAUCGGAUCUACAAAGAUAUUUUGGAUUCGUUGGGGGGUUUUUCACAGCAGCAGCAUCAUCAUUCUCAUGAGGGGCGUCAUUCGCGACGCAUGCAGAGGCGGCACAAGGCGUUUGCUGCCCUUGCGGUGUUGCGGAAGGUGUGCAAUCACCCCGACUUGGUGCUGCUACAGGAGAAGCAGCAGCAUCGAGAGCAGCAGCAGCUGCUACGUCCUACUGGCCUGCCGCGAAAGCGGAAACGCAUGCAAGAGCUGCUGCAGCAGCAGCAAGAAAAGCAGCACGAGCAGCAGGAAGAAGGCACAGUGCCCCCCUUGUGGGCACCGAAUGCGUUACCCAGUGAUCUAGGCUCCCCAAGCAGAUCGGGGAAGCUGCGAGUACUGCUGGCAAUGGUGAAGACAUGGGCAGUGGAAGGCCAUAAGGCUCUUGUUUUCGCACAGACGCUGCAGACGCUUGAUUUAAUUGCUGCUGCUCUCUCACGCAUCGCCCUAGACCGUGCAGACAGCGCAGCAGCUUCUAGCGAAGGAGGAAACGUCUCCUCUUCUGCUCCGGCUUCAACCGACACAAGCAACGUAGGGAAAGGGGGUGGGGGCAAGUUUGCAGAAGGAUCAAAGAGGCCUCUUGAGAAGCAACGCAAAGAACGCCUACAGUUCCUAAGACUUGAUGGCAGCACUCCCAUUGCGAAGCGCCAUCGAAUCAUUAAUCUUUUCCAAACAAACCCGAGAAUAUCUGUUUUGCUUGCGACAACACGCGUCGGGGGUGUUGGUCUGAAUUUGACUUCUGCCGAUCGUGUAGUUCUCUUUGAACCGGAUUGGAAUCCAAUGACUGAUGCCCAGGCUCGUGAGCGAUCGUGGCGCUGGGGGCAGUCGCGGCCAGUGUUUGUGUAUCGCUUGCUCACUGCGGGCACUCUAGAGGCGAAGAUAUACCAGCGUCAGCUCUUCAAGAUGUUUCUUUCCUCGAGAGUUCUCGACAGCAACAAGCGCAGAAGCACCUUCAAGUACAGCCAUAGGAUUCGAAGUAGCUACAUGCAUGCUGUUGCUGCCGCUGAGGUUGAGGAGCUGAAAGAGCUGGCUGGAAACAGCAACAGGAGCAGCGGUAGCAGCCAGAAGGGAGAGGCGUCAACAAAGGGAGCAGAGCUGGGGGAAACCAUACUGCUGCAGUCGCUUUUUGAUCAGCAAGGUGUACAGCAUGCACUGAAUCACGAUGCGCUGGAGCAGCCACUGGAAGGUCGUGGCGAAAAAGAAUCCAGAGCUGUUGGUUCCAACGUGGACAGGCAAGAAGGGCACGGCGGGGCGACCUCGCUCGGGUGUCUGUUGGAGAUUGUCUGCAAGGCUUCAACUGUCGAAUCGUCUUUCCGAGAGUCAGAUGCCUCCCAACAGCAGCUCGGCAAUCCUUGCAGGCCUCAGACGGCUACACGGAAGCGAGGUAAGAAGAGCCACGUCAAGAGGCCUUCCAACGCCGUCCUUUUUAUCGGAGUCAGGGGGUAUACAUAUACACAUAUAUGCUGGAUGUACAGACGACGGGAGUGUCGGAUGUGGGGAGACUCGCUUUCCCCUGGAGGCCAGGCUUCCUGCCGAAACGCAGGAGUGCAACUUCUCCUGGCUGCUCUGCUCUGCUUCUUGCCUGGGAUGCUCCCUCGCUGUGUGCCGCUGCAGGCAAGCGACACCGUGCCCGUGCCGAUCAAGCGAGAAGAGAUGGAUCUAGCCGAGAGUUUGCUGGCCUUCCUGCAGAGCAAGCGGGCAGAGGCCUUCGUGGCGACAACUGGGGAGAUCCUUGAAUCGUUUGCUGACAAAGUGCCAGAUCACUGCAAAACGCUGUUCAAGGCCAUCUUAAAACAGCUCUGCGUACUGCGGCGCAGUGAAGACCCUGAGCGAGAGCCUAGCUUUUGGCAACUGCGCGAAGAAUUUAGGGUGUAG